AGCGACGGCUAGUGGGGACAUUUUAAAUUAGCAAACUGCGCUAAAGCGGUCGCAAAGUCGAGAACACACAGCAGUUAUCCCAUAAAAUUUCUGUUAACUCCGUAUUUUCCUGAUGAAUGUGGUGUUGCGAGCCUGAGAUGUUCCAGAGAACACACACAUGAGGACAGAUUUGAAUCAGGUCACCUGCCCCUGUUUGUCACCUAACAACUGCCACUUCAGAGACUCCGCCCCUGGCCCCGCCCUCCAGAGAUGACUGAUGCCCAGAAGGCCAACGAGCUCCCUGAAUGCCCCACAGAGGGCGGGGCCACAGCAGAAGAGCAGGACAUGCCUCUGAGACAAGAAACCACGCCCACCAGCUCUCCGGCGUGCGAGGAGCCAAUCAGCUCGCAGAGUCCUGACAAACAGCCGGCGCCCGGUCUGCUCUCCAUGCCGUGCUUACUAAAGGAGCUUCAUAGAGACUCCGCCCCCGGGCAGCCGCAGGAAAAGGACCCGCCCCCUGCCGCCGCCCAGUCCUGCGCACCGGAAGACAGUGAUUCUUCCGCCUGCCUGCAGUCGCCUUCCUCCUCCGGUCACCUGGGAGACUCCGACACGCUUUCGUCAGCAGAGGAAGUGCCCGCGCCCGUUCAGACGGCCGGCAGGAAGUCGCGACGUUCGCAUUCUGAGAGCGACGCGUCCACAGUUGCCAUGGCGGCCAAGAAGAACCGCUGCCUGGAGAAGCAGGUGAACGGGCGCGUGCGCGUCAGAGGCCCGCGCAGCCAGCAGCAGAAGCAGCGCAUGCGACAGCUGCGGCAGAAACGCGAGGCGGCGGCGAGACGCAAACCUGACGUGCUCCAGGACAGCAGCACCAGCGACAGCGACAUCACGGCCCACUCAUCAUCAUCCUCACCGCUAACGGCUUCGUCUGACAACGAGGGAGAGACGAUUAACUCUCACGCACCAGUGGGUCCUGCAGUGAUUGGACACUAUGAUAUUUCAGACACUCACUCCGAACAGGAACGGCAGUCUCAGUCGCUCUCAGGUGCAGUAGAAGUCCAGCCAUCUCAGGUGAGUCUGGCGUCCACCGACAGUGAAGUGGAGAUCGUUGGAGUUCAAGAGAACGCCAGCGUGGUCUCAAGGUUUCCUCGUGGUGGAGUGAUCCAGUCGCUUUCUUCCUGGAAGCAGAGAGCUCCGGCUCAGUGGACGUCCGUCUCGGCGCAGUCCGGCUGGGUUCCUCCCCCUGAGGUGGUGGAUCUGACACUGGAUGAAGACCGGCACAGAUACCUGCUGUGAUCAAACACACUCACACAUACACGCUUAGAUACACACUCAUAUACACGUGACUGGUGGGCCGAGUGACUCAAACCAUAACCACGAGACUGUUGAAACUAAGAACACAGAACGAUGCUUCAUUAAAUGAAAAACACUUCAAAGAGCUCAAUGUUUGCUUCUGAUACCCUUUGAUAUGCCUGAUUCAUUAUUUGCUACUGUGAGACCACAAUGUGAGUAAAUGACAGCAGAUCAUCAUUAUCGGAGCAAAUACUGUACCAAGUUCUCCCAUGAUAAAGUCAGGUAUCAAAACUACUGGUCUGAAAUACUCACAAUCUUAAAAACAAAAACGGGGCUUCUUUAUAGAAAUUAACACUGAAUGUAAACGGUUGAAUCUCACAAAAACUGGUCGUAUUUCACUCCACAAUCAAGAAUAUAGAAUUUAUAUUUAGCCGAAAACAAGCAAGACUAUUUUGAGUACUAUUAAGAUUUUUGAAUUGACAUUUAUUGUCAUUAAAAAAAAAAAUGCUAUAAUUUGAUUUAAUUCAAAUAUAUUUUAUUAUUUUUAUUAUCUGUGUUUUUUCUGUUAUGCGGUAAAUCACUAUGAAUGAACUCAGAAUAAUUAUUGAGAAAUAUGAAUUGCAUUCAAUUAAAUAAUGUGGUAGUGAGAGAUUUAGGGGUUAAAGUGUUUAUGAAAAUUAAGCAAAGAUCUAAUUUAAAAAGUGUUAAUCGUUCUUAAAAAUAUGCUGUUUUUUUUUCUUGUUUGUUCGUUUUCUUUAUUGAUUUUAGGGCAUUUUCGUGAGAUUCAGCCGAUUAAGUUUCAUCACUAAUCAAACCUCAGUCAUUUCGUAAUGGCAAAUCAGGGAUGUUUUACUUUGUCAGAUCCUCAGAUUUCAACAUCUUCUCUUCUUUUGAGUCACUUCGCCCCCUCCGAAGAAACAGGCACACUUACAUGAUCCUGCUGUCGGCCUCAGGAGUCGCUUGCUGAACCGCCCCAGCCCCCUGUUUUUGUGAUGUAACUUCCUGUUAAGCUGCUGAAGAGCUGUUAGCCGAGACCCAAACGCAAGCCUGCUGGUCUUGCUCUCACCGGAGCGAGCGGCCCACUGCUCUGCGUGUGUGUGUUCACUGUCAAUCAUCUGAUGCUGCUCUGCUGUGUGGGGAGAAGCCUUGGAGUGUGUGUUCCUCACCCGAUACUGCUUUCACAAUAUGUUUGUGUGUGUGUGUGUGUAUCCUGAUUUCAGAGCAUGUUCAUUACGUACAUCUUGCAUUGUCAUAGAAACAGGCCCCUUGCUUUUAUUACACCAAUGGAACUUCUUAUUCAAAUACACUAAAAGUUUGAAAUCAUUAAGAUUUUGGAAUGUUUUUGAAGUAAGUCUCUUCUGCUCAUCAAGGCUGCUUU